UCAGUGUUUGAGAGUCAGUAUAUAGCUCAGCAAAGGGCUGCUGCAAUGAUCACACUACAGCAGAGGGAGUUGAGCUGAGGACAUCAGACGAAGGCAAGAUGUUUACACAAAGACAGACAAACCUGGAGAAAGCCCUCCUCUCCGCAGUGGCAGCGCUGCUUCUCCUGACCCCGGCAGGACAGUCUGCGAUGACUGACGACCCGCAGACCUCAACAACUCCUGCCACGUCGAACUCGACUCUGACCACACAGCUCAGCAACAGCAGUGUGGAGGAAAUUCGGGCUCUGCACUCACACAGAUCCUGUGGAAGCGAAUAUGCAAACUACUGUGAAAACGGUGGAGAGUGCAUGUACCCCCAAGACAGUGACAAACCGUCUUGCAUCUGCAAGUCCUCCUACAGCGGGCCGCGCUGCCUGUUCUUCAGUGUCACUCAGAACACGAGCACUCCGCCUGAGGUGGAGCAGCUCAUCGCCAUCAGUUUUGGUGUAGCCAUGCUCCUCCUUGUCCUCGCUAUCAUCAUUUACUGUCUGGGCUACAAGAGGUGUAUAAAAUUACCACAACGGAUCAAAUCUGCACCAGUCUGAGUCAUCAGUGGGACCCCCCUACAACUCACUGUUUAUCAUCAUCUUCAUCGCCAUCCCUUUGGAAAAACAUCAGCAGUGACACUCCAUCGCACUGUGUAAUCCACAGUUCUGAAGAUUACCAAGCAAUUAAGAAGAUUAAGUAAAUUAAAAUGCGUCAGACCUGAUAUUUAUCGCCUCACUGCCCUUUAAAGAAUGAGGGAGAGCAAAUAUGACUAUUUAUUAUAAAUAGCAACUAAUUUAUUGAAAGUGUUCCAUUUAUUUAAGUUUUUGUAAUAAAUUUAUGAAAAAGAGAAAAUAUAUGUGUUGCUUGACUUUCUGCGGGUGAAUAAACACACACACAAACACACAAAAGGUAUUGCUUGAGAAGAUGUUAUGAAGAUGUUUUUGUUAGUACUGAGUUAGUUGACUAAUUGGGAGGCUUAAGAAACAUUUUUAUUUUGGCAGGAAAUACUGCAGUUAUCAUUUUUGUAAUUAUGCCAAGCCAACUGUAUUUAUAUGUAUGAUGUUUGAGUUUCAUUUAUUAGUUUGUUGAAGCCCAUUAAUCCACAAACUGUAAAAGAGCAACUGUGA